CAGAGGGACAUACGCAAUCAUAUAUAUAACGCUAUUGAAUACCGAUACAGUGCUAAGAGAGAGUUAGAAAGUGACAACACCUUAUUUUUCUGUGUAUCUGGUCAUAAAAUAUCGAAAGAAAGUCGUCGCUGAAAUAUUCAACGAGACUUCAGCAGUAAAUAAGUUUUAAUAUAUGUUUCGCCUUCUUGUGGUAGUGACGGUGCUCUUUAUGAUGACUGGCGCGCAACCUGCGUCACUUUUCUGGAUAUGGCGGAUAAUUGACACCAAAUUGCAAAAAGUUCCUUUAGCUAAUAAUUUUCCUUCAGUACGUUUGACCAAUUUCAAAAAUGUAAAUUAUUAUGGCUCUAUUGGAAUUGGAACUCCACAGCAAGAAUUUAAAGUUGUAUUUGAUACUAGUUCCGCAAAUCUUUGGCUAUUUUCCAAAAAGUGCACAAUCCCUGCUUGUUCAAGACGUCAUCAAUAUGAUAGUACGGAUUCCUAUACGUGCAUACCAAAUAAUACUUAUAUUUAUAUAGGAUACAACGAUUAUAAUGUAAAUGGAUUUCUAUCUACUGAUACAGUGAAUGUUGCUAACCUCAAUGUAAAGAAUCAAACAUUUGCAGAAGUGAUAGACGUAUCAGAUGUAAAUAUAGUAUUAAAUUUAUUUGCAAAUAAUUUAUAUAUAAAUAUACUUGAUAAACAAAGAUUUGAUGGUCUGUUAGGCCUGAGUUAUUCCCAUAUAUCUCAGAAUGGAAUAACGCCUGUCUUCGACAACAUGAUUCAACAAGGCCUAGUGUCAUCACGCAUUUUCAGUUUUUAUCUAAAUAGAGACACUUCAGCCGAUUUAGGUGGAAAAUUGACAUUUGGUGGUUCCGAUCCUGCUUUUUACGAAGGGGAUUUUACAUAUAUUCCUAUUACUAAAAAAGGAUACUGGCAAUUCACCAUUGAUAGUAUCCAAAUAAAUGAUUAUAUUUGGUGUGAGAAAAGCUGCCAAGCUAUCGCUGAUACAAGUACUUGGAAAAUAAUUGGACCAGGAAUGGAUGUUUCACUUAUUAAUCGAUUUUUUGAAACUAAUCCACAGGGAAGAGUGAACUGUAAUAGAAUUUUUCAAUUGCCUAUAAUCAGGUUUAAUUUGGGUGGUAAGAUGUUUAAUCUUACCGGUAAAGAUUAUAUGAUUCGGCAUCCAGAUAAUGAAAGUAUAUGUGUAACCGUCUUCUGGAAACACAACCCAACAUAUGACGAUGAAGUAAAAUGGGUCCUGGGGAUGCCAUUUAUUGGCCGUUACUACACAGAAUUUGAUAUGGAGAAAAACCGAGUGGGAUUUGCUUUGGCGAAAAAUGUAUAGAAUUCAUCAAAAUGUAUAGAAAAUGUAUCAUUGUCACCUUUUAUUGUGUACUUAUCAUUAUUUUUUAAAUUAUUUGUUUAAUUUUCAAUUAGAAAACAUUUAAUUUUCUAAUCGCCAACCGACAAAGUUCGCAGAUUAUCAAUGUGAAUUUUUGCGUAAUGCCUACAUAACUGCGACCUAAUUUUCAACAGCAAUACUUUAUCGUGAAUGCAACUGACAUGGGCUUAUAGUUAUUUGGAAUGCAAAUUUUUGCGAGUAAUUGCAUUCGCUAAGAUCAUUGUUGCAUGGCCGUCUAAUAAUCGAUAUAAUCAAUCUAUUCUUUCGAAAAGCUGAUUACUCCUUCAUUAUCAAUCUUAAUAGCAUAUCAAUCUUAAUAGCGCAUACUUAAUAAUUUAUUUUAAAACAAUUUGUUUUAGGUAUAACACAAAAUAUUAAAUAAAAUAUUUUUAAAUUUGAUUGAUCAAUAGGACGGAUGAUCAAUAAAAAAGGUUAUGUUUCGAAUGUGAGCGAUUGUAUAUAUAACGGCCAUCAAAUGUUAAUGUAAAUGAUAGCUCUAGUAGACGAGUUCAAUUUCUUUUUUGUAUGUCGUAACGUACAGAAAGAAAUUUACUGGAAAUUUCGAAAACAUGUUCCGCUUUAUCAUGAUGACUGUAAUGCUGACCGACGCGGAAAUCCAAAACUAAGUUCAUACAUUGCAUUGUAAAUCCAAAACUAAGUUCAUACAUUGUAUUGUAAAUUUACGUUACAUAUCAGUAUAAUAAAUAUU